AUGAGCGAGAUAACAUCCGAAUCACGAAUUUGCGGCCUCUGUCUCGCUCCUGAUAGUUUUGGUCUCAUCAAAAGGGAAACCUAUGAUAGAAAAUAUUCCCUUCAUCUUCCUGCUAAAGACCAUGGGGUCAUUAUCUGGGACUUAGAUCAAUCAAUUCUACUCGCAUCUGCCGAGCAAGGCUGCUAUUUCUGCGACCUUCUUCACCAACUCUCGCAGCACCCUUGCUCCGGGGAGCGACAAACAACAAAGUUCAGUGUGCGGAUUGGUACGGAUCCUGCUUUGAGCGUUCAUUUUUGGUGGGCUAGGCUCGACGAUAGGAAAUCCAUCGUUCAGAUCUAUCGUCCUUUUGGUCAUAAGGAAGCAUGGACUGGCCUUCAAGAGGCUAGACCAGUAUCCCAUCAUUCUGGUUCAGUGCAGAGCUUUGAAUUUGUAAGAAAAUGCCUCCGGAACUGCAUCGAAGCUCAUGAGGAAUGUCGCCGAAGCUACUCUGACUUCCACCCAAAACGACUCCUUGAUGUGGGGUCCGAAAAAUUUUCCUCCCUCAAGCUCAUCGACGACCAAUUCCUAGCGGCACCAUACCUCGCCCUGAGUCAUUGCUGGGGUGACCACCAGCCAUUAACGACGACUUCCCAAACGCUAGAACAAAGAAAAUAUUCUAUUGAGUGGUCGAGCUUGCCCCCAGUUUUCCGAGAUGCGGUUACCGUGACAAGAGAACUGGGAGUGCAGUACUUGUGGAUAGAUUGUUUGUGCAUCCUACAAGACAGCGUUCGGGACUGGGAGGAACAAGCCUCCCAAAUGGGACAAAUCUACAGCAAUUCCUAUGUCACAAUUCUUGCGGCAUCUUCACCUUCUAGCUUAGUACCAUUUCUGACUUCACGAGAAACCAUUGUCUGCGAAGGAGUUAACCUCAGAUUUGGCAAAGACCACUAUGUUGGAGUUCGGAAGAUCGGAGGUACCGAUCACCGUGAUCAACGGCUUCACUAUCGUGGAUGGGCUUUCCAAGAAGAAAUCCUCUCAACAAGGAUCAUACGAUUCACUCGCAAGGAAGUAAAGUGGGAAUGCCAGGCGCUGUCUAGUUGUGAGUGCGGGGCUCAUCCUUUAUAUGAUACGAAAAAGGCAGAGAAUUUGCAACGUACGAAUUCCAACAUCCAGCAACAUUGGCUCAAUCUAGUAGAGCAGUACUCGCGCCGCAGUCUCACCUUCUCCUUUGACAAGCUACCAGCAGUCGCAGGUAUUGCUGCAGCCGCACACCAAAAGUUUGGGUAUAGAUACCUUGCUGGUCUUUGGGAGGAGACAUUGCUUCGGGAUCUAGCAUGGCGCAGCAAGGCAGCAUCGACUCCGGAGACUCCUCGUGAUAUCUCUCAAAGGCUACCGACCUUCUCUUGGGUGUCUGUCGACGAGAAAAUCGAUUACAAAUCUUCACUUAUGUAUUGCAGUACGCACGAAAAAGAUGCUAUUGUUCGCUCCACUAGCAUUGAACUCACCGGCGCCAAUCCCUUUGGCCAAGUUGAAGGAGGAUCAGUUAUUUUGGAGGCUCCAGUUGUUGAAGUAAACCUACGAUAUCACUUAGUGGAACGGGAGCCUAUUGAUGGGAGGAGGAAGUGGUUCGUGAAGACAUGUGAUUGUUAUAUCGAUGACUCGCCAGACGAACUUCAAAACGUCCAGUCCGACACACUUCUGUGCCAUGAUUCAUUCACAGACACGAAUGGCGUGACGAUUUUCUCUGCCCAAAGAGCUAAUCGAGAUGCAAUAUCUCAGAAUUUCGAAUGCAAAGUGCGCCUCCUCAGUCUUUGCCACGUCAGUUGGAAGGCAAGAACAUUGCUCGUCCUCAGCAUCCCAAAACCGCCUGAUGGAAGUUGCGAGAGGUUAGGCCUUAUGUUUUAUUAUGAUCCCGGGAAGAUCAAGCAUGACUGGUUCACAAAUGCCCAAGUGCUGUUGACCACAAUUAUAUGA